CUGCUCAAAAUAUAAGACAAGAAUCCUCUUUCUUCCAUCUCUAUCUCUCUCCGCAAGACAGUUUGCUCAAACCCCUCUUCUUGAAAUGGCUUCUUCUCUUAUCUUCCUCCUCUUCCUCAUCUUUACCCUAUCCUUUUCAUCACCAACCCUAAUCUCAGCCAAAUCCAACGCGACAAUAAUCGAAUCAACUUGCAAAACCACGAACAACUACAAAUUCUGUGUCUCGGCUCUCAAAUCCGACCCAAGAAGUCCCACAGCCGACACAAAAGGUCUCGCAGCCAUUAUGAUUGGCGUUGGUAUGACAAACGCCACCUCCACUGCAACUUACAUCGCCGGGAACCUAACAUCCGCCGCGAACGACGUCGUCCUUAAAAAGGUGUUACAAGAUUGCUCCGAGAAGUAUGCUCUCGCCGUUGAUUCUCUCCGCCAAACAAUUCAAGAUCUUGAUAGUGAAGCUUAUGACUAUGCUUCCAUGCAUGUGCUGGCGGCGGAGGAUUAUCCUAAUGUUUGCCGCAAUAUUUUCCGCCGAGCUAAGGGGCUGUCUUAUCCGGUGGAGAUUCGUCGGCGUGAACAGAGUCUGAGACGUAUCUGUGGUGUUGUCUCCGGGAUUCUUGAUCGCCUUGUUGAAUAAUUUACAUUUUGCAUUUUAACUUUGGUAAAAUCUCUGUUUAAGUUAUCGUGUUAAAUGUAUUUUAAUAUGGAAUUUGCAACUUUUUACUACCGUUACUCUUAUAUAUUACUCUUCUCCUUCGCUACUA